UGCACUCACUGACCUUCCUUAUGCGGCCUCGUCCAGUAGCUAGACGAGGACCUUGAGUGUGUAUGACAUUGUUCUUUCAUUUUGAUUAAUCUGACAGAAACCGGACCAUGCCGGGUUCGGUGGAGGUUCCCACUUUUAAUGACUUGAAUGUUGAGGAGAUCAGUGUGUCAUCUGCGGUGCUGAAGGGAGCUGCCCACCACUAUGGCUCACAGUGUGACAAGGCCAACAAGGAGUUCAUGCUCUGUCGCUGGGAGGAGAAGGACCCUAGGAAGUGUCUGAACGAAGGGAGGAAAGUCAACGAGUGUGCACUUAACUUCUUCAGGCAGAUAAAGGGGAGCUGUGCUGAGUCCUUCACAGAGUACUGGACCUGCCUGGACUACUCCAACCUGGCAGAGCUGCGUCAGUGCCGCCAACAGCAGCAGGCCUUUGACAGUUGUGUGCAGGACAAGCUGGGCUGGGAGAGACCCAACCUGGGAGAACUGUCCAAGGUGACAAAGGUGGACACCUCUCGUCCCCUUCCUGAGAAUGCUUACCACUCGAGACCCCGGCCAGAGCCCAACCCUGUGAUCGAGGGCCAGCUGCAGCCAGCCAAGCACGGCAGCAGACUCUUCUUUUGGAGCUGGUAAAGGGUAAUCUUCCCAGCCUCCGCACCAAUCCUCACCUUAACCAUUAGUGGGGGGCAAAACUAGGGGCAACUUCACCCUACACCGGAAGGCAGUCCUCCAGAGCCUAUCCCAUCAUGCCUGCUGUCUUGUCCAGUACAGCCACCAUCAUCAGACCUGGUUGGACAGGAAGGGACGUCUGCGUGCACCAGCCAUCGUCACAUCUCCUCCUAUGUUGUAGAAAUGAUCAUGAAUGAACAAAAACUACUUGUGUUUUUUGUUGUGAAAUAAAUGCUAAAUGUUGAA